ACCCGACUAAGGACUAAUUUUGUAUAAGGAGGAGAGUCUAUACAAAACUGUAUUCUUGGAAGGAAAUGUAGGUAUUUAAAUAUAUAAACAUACGACGGAACGCGCCGAAAAAAAGAUAAGCAGUGUCUUGUCAUGGUGGGACAUGGUCGUGCCACCAAAUGUCAUCUAGACUAUAAAGAUGAAUUGAUGGACACCGUUUCUCGGAAUUGGCUCUGUAGAUUUUGUUUCUCUGUUUGGAACACACAACAUUACACGCAAGGAGUUUAUUAUGAAUUUUUUGAAGGUUUUGUCAACCCUACGAUUACUUAAGAAAUGUCUUUAACACUCAAAAGCUUCAUUACGAAAACUGCACCGCCAUGAACACCCCCACAUUCAACGAGGUGUUCCGGCAAAUCCGGAUUAACUUGUCAGUCAUGGGGAUCCAGGAAGAUAAAUCAAGGACUGGUGUGAUAUUUUACAUCUUUUACGCCAUGCUUUUCACAAUGGUCUCAUCAGAAGUUGUGUUCUUUACCGCUAACAUGGCGCCGGAGAAUUUUCUCGAAUUGACUGGCCUAGCUCCAUGCAUCUGUGUCGGUAUCUUAUCACUUUUGAAAAUAGCUGCUUUAGCGUGGAAAAAAGAAACAGUUUUUUCUUUGGCUCACAAACUGGAAAGGCUUAGUACAGAAAACUUGAAGGACCCUAUUAAGACAGACAUUGUGAGUCCUGACAUAAAUCUGCUUAAAACUCUCAUCAAUUACUACUUCAUCUUAAACGCCGUGCUGAUUUGCGUAUAUAAUUUUUCAACACCAUUCUACAUUUUGUAUCAUUACCUUACAACGAAUGAAGAGAUUUUUAUCUUGCCUUACGCUGUCACUGUGCCAUUUUCUACUGAAGCAUGGCCGGGGUGGACAUUUGUUUAUAUAUUUUCAGUAAUAUGUGGUUUCAUUUGCGUAUUAUUUUUCACUGCCGUGGAUGCACUAUACUUUACUUUGACGUCUUAUGUGUGCACAAUUUUCGCCGUCCUAAGUAACGAAAUAAUAUGUCUAAACCAACCUACAGGUGAUAUUUUAAACCAGAUAAUAAAAAAACACCAAAAUGUUCUCGAAUUAGCGGAAGAUUUGGAAGAUAUCUUUACCUUACCUAAUUUUUUCAACGUACUGGUGGGAUCGUUAGAAAUAUGCGCUCUCGGGUUCAACUUAAUGAUAGGUGAUUGGAACAAUGUCCCUGGCUGUAUGCUGUUCAUUAUGUCUGUUCUCUUUCAACUAUUUAUGAUGAGCGUUUUCGGGGAAAAAUUAAUUGGAUCGAGUAUUAAAGUUGGAGAAUCAGCAUUUUUAUGCGAUUGGUAUAAAAUGAAUCAGAAAACGCAGAAAGUUCUUCUGGUGCUAAUUACCAGGACUCGUAAACCUACGCGCUUGACUGCGUUUAAAUAUUCUGUCAUUUGCUAUGAAGGAUUUACUAAACUGGUGACAUUAACAGCGCGGCUUACAUGGGCGAUGACUCGCGAAUGCGACGCGACGCGACGGCAUUCGGAGAUCGCCCACGUAGGACACUUCCAUAGGUAUCAAAGGAUUGAAUUCACCCGCGCCGUGCCGCGUCGCACCGCUUCGCGUUCGCGAGUUAUUCGCUCAGGUAAGACACUGCCUAACUCACUUAAUAUGUCAAAAAACUAAAUAGAAUGGCAUCCU